AUUCUUCAGUACAAUAUGCUGCUCAUCAUCAGGCUGAAACGGUCGGUCGGAUCAGCGCUGACAGCAGAGCUCUUGAGAGCCGGUCAUUAUGAAAGCAGCGAGCGUGUGGGCCGCGGCUGCUGUCCUGUACAGUAUCGCAGUGAGCGGGAUUGUGGGAUUCACAUUCACAGCAGCACCGAGGGAGAAAAAAAACAUGGCGGCUGCCGAAUGUGCAGCAAACGAUUUGCGGAAGUGAGAUCAGUAAAUUGCAAUAAAUGAGAAAACGGAAAAGAAGACGACCACAGGUUUGGAUUUGCAGUAUGGAAAAACAGGUGCCCACAUUCUGCUGCUGAGGAGAGAGCACCAUGAUGAGAAGACAGUAGGCACCCACCAUAGUAUGGCCGCGUCCCGCUCUUCACGCAUCACAAGAUCAUCAGUGGGGAUAAAUGGAUUGGAUGAGAACUUUUGUGGUCGAACCCUCAGGAACCGCAGCAUCGCCCAGCCAGAAGAGAGCUCUCUGCUUCCUGUGCCCAGAGCCCGCUCGCCCAAGAAGAAGCAGGACUGUCAGCAGCACCAGCAGAUCGGAGCACAGGUUGGAAAGGUAGCCGAGAGCAAGGCGGAGGGUGAGCCCUUGCCAUCUUAUGGAAAGCGAGGCUUGCCAAGCUCUGAGAAGGACGAGUCAGACAAAUCGGACAGCUGCGAGCAUCCUAGGGCCGGGGGUGGGCCGGAAGCCUCCCCCACCCUGAAGAGGGCCAAACGCUGCCCUCGCUCAGGUGAAUCGCAGGGGGUAGAGGAGGAACCUUCUCUCAAACCGGAGAGCCCUGAUUCCACUGCACCGAAGGAAAAUGACGUGGGCGCAAAAUCGAACUUGUCCUCGGACCCUCCGCUCAGCCUCGACAAAGAGGCAGAGCAUAAAGAGGACGGCCCAGUGGAGGAGAUCGUCCCUCCGCCGCAGGCCGGCGAGAACGUCAAGGCCACCAAUGGCCUCACUGACCUCCAUAAGGAGGACUCAGAAGUUGCAGCCUUACCCCCAGAGCCCUGUGCCUCCCCUGCCAUGCUUAACAACAGUCCUUCACUGUUAAACGGCAGCCAGGCUGCACCCUCAUCCCCCGACCCUAUUGUGCCUUGUAGAUCCCCUCAUCCCAAGCAAGCCAAUGAGUCCGACAGCCCUCAGAUUGACUGUGAGAGGAACUGCACCCCCGAGGAAGCUGCCGAGGUCGUGUUAUCCCGGGAACCCGAGAUGGAGGUAGAGGUGGAUGUCGUAGGGGAUGCCGGCCAGGCUCAGGAUGAGCUCGCAAGAGAGGAGAGCACCAACGGCGGCUUUCAGGCUGAGCCGCAGGACCCUUCUGACAACUACUCGAAUAUCUCAGGAGAAACGGUGGUGCUGACUGCCUCCCAGCUGCCUGCAGAGCCCCCCUCCUUCACAGAGCCUCAAGAACACCGAUACACCCUGAGGACUUCACCGCGCCGCGCUGCCUUUGGUAGUGGGCUCAAAGCCAGCUCCCCCAAACCCAGUUCCCCGCACAUAGACAAUGGUUCGCUGAAGGAGGAGUCCACGCCAGUUUCUCUUUCCUCUAAAGACACCAGCCAUAAAGACCUUCCCCGUGAUGCACUGGGACUUUCUAGCGAGGCAGACAAUGAACUCUCAGAGAAAGCAGGGGUCAGUGGAGAGGUUGGAGUGUCAGAUAGUAGAGUGUUGCGAUCCACCGAAAAGCUGCUGGCCGCUCAGGCUGAGGAAGAUGAGGAGGAAGAGGAGGAUGUCUACUAUUUUGAGUCUGAUCACUUGGCUCUCAAACACAACAAAGAGUAUGUUCAGGUUUAUGCUGUCCUGUCUGAAGUCAUCAGUUCUGGUAAACCAAGAUAUGCAUUGUCCUUUAACCCCUGUUUUGUUUAUUAAUGUACCCUUUUGUAUUAUUAAUUCAAUGUGUUUGCUAUGGCAAGCACCACUGUUACUGUUCCUCAUAUUGAGGGUCAGUUUGAACAAACCCCAAACCCAAAGUAUUAAACCUUUAAACGCAUUGAACUACAUCAGGAGGUGCCCAAUCCUGUUCCUGGAGAUCUACUUACCUGCAGAUUUCAGUCCCAGCCCUGCUCCAACACACCUGUUUGUAAUUAUCAAGUGCUGCUAAGAGAUUACUUAGCUGGUUCAGUUGUUUUUGAUCA